ACGAAAGGGGGCAGCAGCGUUGACGGGAAGCCGCGAGGGAGUCGAUACGAACGGUUUUAUCAACCAAACAACGCAGUUAGCAACGUGUUUUCGCGCGCCUCCUUCGCGUCGAGCGUCUUUCCGAUUUGCGAAGAGCCGCAGCGAUGAAGAUCGAGGAAGUGAAGAGCACCGCCAAGACGCAGAGGAUCUCCGCGCACACGCACAUCAAAGGCCUAGGCCUCGACGAGAAUGGAGUCGCGAUCCAAAACGCAGCCGGCCUCGUGGGUCAGGAAUUGGCGCGAGAGGCAGCUGGAGUUGUUGUCGAUAUGAUUAAGUCAAAGAAGAUGGCGGGACGCGCUGUAUUAUUGGCCGGUCCCCCGGGCACAGGCAAGACCGCCAUAGCUCUCGCCAUUGCUCAGGAACUCGGUAACAAGGUGCCCUUUUGUCCUAUGGUGGGUUCGGAGGUUUACAGUUCCGAGAUCAAGAAAACGGAGGUUCUCAUGGAGAACUUCAGAAGAGCCAUCGGCUUGAGAAUCAAGGAGACCAAGGAAGUAUACGAGGGCGAAGUGACAGAGUUGACACCGGUGGAAACGGAGAAUCCCAUGGGGGGCUACGGCAAAACUGUCUCACAUGUGGUCAUUGGAUUGAAGACGGCUAAGGGUACGAAGCAGUUGAAACUGGAUCCUUCCAUAUACGAGUCUCUGCAGAAAGAGAAGGUAGAGACGGGCGAUGUGAUCUACAUCGAGGCGAACAGCGGUGCUGUGAAGAGGCAAGGCCGAAGCGACAAUUUCGCCACGGAAUUCGACCUGGAGGCGGAGGAAUACGUCCCUUUGCCGAAGGGCGAUGUACAUAAGAAGAAGGAAGUUAUCCAGGAUGUGACACUCCACGACCUGGAUGUAGCUAAUGCCAAGCCUCAGGGUGGUCAGGACAUAAUGUCUAUGAUGGGGCAGUUGAUGAAACCUAAGAAGACUGAAAUUACGGACAAGCUUCGGAAAGAGAUCAACAAGGUGGUGAACAAGUAUAUCGACCAGGGUAUCGCCGAGCUGGUGCCGGGAGUAUUGUUCAUCGACGAGGUUCACAUGCUCGACAUAGAGACUUUCACCUACCUUCAUCGCGCUCUGGAGAGCGCGAUUGCGCCGAUCGUUAUUUUCGCUACGAAUCGUGGCCGCUGCAUCAUUCGGGGCACCGAGGACAUCGUCUCUCCGCACGGCAUACCUCUCGACCUGCUGGACCGUCUGCUCAUCAUCAGGACUCUACCGUACUCGAGGCAGGAAAUUGAACAGAUCGUGAAGCUGAGAGCCGUCACGGAGGGCCUGCAAAUCGAAGACGAGGGUCUGUCCGCUCUAGCGGAGCUCGGCACGAAAACCACCCUACGAUAUGCGGUACAGCUUUUAACGCCCGCGUCCUUGGCGGCGAAGGUCAAUGAAAGAACCAGCGUAAAGAAGGAAGACGUCGACGAAGUUAGCUCGCUUUUCUUAGACGCUAAGUCAUCCGCCAAAAUACUGACGCAAAAUCAAGAUAAGUUUAUGAAAUAAAAGUUAGCAUUACGAUAGUUAUAUCGCCCUGUGAAAUUGCUCCCCCUCAUCUUCCAGAAUCCCCGGGCCGAGAUACUUAUUAAUUUGACUGAUUAUUAUUUUCUUUCUUGUCUGUCUUCACUCGGUCAGUUAUGUUUCCAUUGGAGUAAUACUUGCCUGAAUUGUACAUAUAGUAUGGCAAUGUAAGCGUAACGCUAUGUUCAAUAAGUGAGAAGCAAUCUCGUAUAUGCUGGACAUUUUUCAUACAAACUGAUCUUACGUAUGAAUACAUCGUUUGUAUCAAUGAUACAGAUUGCACGAAUAAAAAAAUUUAUGAAAAACGUAAA